GGAGGAAGAGGAGGAGGAAGAAGAAGAGGGAGGGUCGGCCAUGUACGUGCAGGAGGAGAAGAUGAUGUUCGGGGGCGGGGGGCAGCUGGUCCGGCUGCACGUGUGCACCCUGGACGGGGCCGAGUGGCUGGAGGAGGUCUCCGACGACACCACGGUGGACAGGCUCAAGGAGCGCUGCCUUCGACACUGUUUGCAUGGGAGUUUAGAAGAUCCCAAAAGUGUAACCCAUCAUAAAUUGAUCCACGCAACUUCCGAGAGAGUGCUGUCGGAUACAAAAACAAUCUUAGAAGAGAACAUUCAAGAUAACGAUGUCUUACUAUUAGUAAAAAAGCGAGCCCCUCCUACUCCUCCUAAAAUGGCUGACGUCUCUGCUGAGGAAAAAAAAAAGCAGGAACAGAAGGCUCCAGAUAAAGAUGCUAUUCUCAAAGCUACAGCAAAUCUUCCCUCUCACGGUGUGGAUCGGACUGUCACCCAACACAACAUGAGAGAUUUCCAGACAGAGCUCCGGAAAAUUUUAGUAUCGCUUAUAGAAGUGGCCCAGAAAUUAUUGGCGCUGAACCCAGAUGCAGUUGAGUUAUUUAAGAAGGCAAAUGCAAUGUUGGAUGAGGAUGAGGAAGAGAGAGUGGAUGAAGCUGCUUUGCGGCAACUUACAGAAAUGGGUUUUCCUGAAAACAGAGCUAUGAAGGCACUUCGACUGAACCACAUGUCAGUCACUCAGGCCAUGGAAUGGUUGAUAGAGCAUGCCGAAGACCCCGCCGUGGACUCACCCCUUCCUGGUCAAGCCUUGUUAGAAGCUGCGGGGGCCACUGCUUCCUCUUCCCAAGCAGCCGGCGGGGCCAGUACAGAAGCAGAAGACAUCAAGGAUGAGCUGACGGAGAUUUUCAAGAAGAUACGCAGGAAAAGAGAAUUUCGACCUGACCCACGAGCUGUCAUUGCCCUGAUGGAGAUGGGAUUUGAUGAGAAAGAAGUGGUAGAUGCCCUCAGAGUAAACAACAACCAGCAAAAUGCAGCCUGUGAAUGGCUAUUGGGAGACAGAAAGCCCUCUCCAGAGGAUUUAGAUAAGGGAAUUGAUACUGAUAGUCCAUUAUUUCAAGCCAUCCUUGACAACCCUGUGGUCCAGCUAGGGCUUACAAAUCCCAAAACUUUGUUAGCAUUUGAAGAUAUGCUUGAAAAUCCCCUAAAUAGCACUCAGUGGAUGAACGAUCCUGAAACAGGACCCGUCAUGCUACAGAUCUCCAGGAUCUUCCAGACACUGAACCGCACAUAGGGUGACUCCUUUCUGAACGUAACUUCACGUUCCCUAAAGAAGAAGGAACUGGAGAUUUGGAGAGAGGGAAAGAGAAAUUGCUGUUGUUCUUCGCUGGAGUCCUCUUCUUUACACUUCUCAGGCAAGAAGGGAAGUGUGUAAGCUCAUGUCCGCCCAGAAGUUUAGUUGCCUUGUGGAUUUAGUGGUAGGGGAAAAGGUGUGAGAAGACUCUUUGCAUUCAGUUGUUAGACUGGGGGGGAAAAAAAAGCAAUCCAUAUCCAGGAGUACACUUGCAAAAACAACCAACAGUUGAUUGGGAGAGUAAUGACCGCUCAGAUUCCCAUCUUAUUACUAAAGGUAAAGCCGAACUUGUUACAAUAAUUUAUGAGUCAGUGUUUUCUGUACCUGACUGGUGUUUACAAGAAGCCACUGACCACUACAGUGGGGGAAUGAAAUGAUUCUCAUCUCUAAAAGAGUAUUAAGUUAUGGCUAAUAAAGUGAAAUUCUACUUUUAAUUGACACACAGUUUGUUUUUAAAUUCCAUAUAGUUUUGGAGGAACACUUAUCCAAAAUGUUCAUAUUUUACAUAUUGAUCUAAGCAAAGUAAGUCAUAGAUAUAAUUUCUUUAUUUUCUUUUUUCAUCUUUUCUGAGGUAGUGUGGUUCUUGUACUUUAAUGUCUUUUCACUGGAUUAAAGGUGCAGUAUUUCUCUUCAUGGACAUUCACUUGCAUCAGUAGCAAGCGAAUGCUAAUCACAUUCACAUUGUUGGAAAGCUUAUAUCUAUUUAAACAUAUUUUAUUCCUGAAAAUGUGCCAUGUCUUCAUGGAAUUUAAAUGACUUUUGUCUGUCUUUAAAACUCAACCUUAUUUUCCCAGUUCUCUGAGAGCAGAGCUAUUACACUGCAAUUUGCAGCCUUUCACCUUAUUUUUUUUUUAACCCUGCUCAUUCUUCAUUCCGAAAACAGCCGUCCUUCCUAAGCAUUUGAACAUUUUAAUUAAAUCAGCCUCCCUCCUGAAGGCAACCAACAUCUGCCUCAAUCCAACCAACAUGACCUGCCUUGAAUGUUGGCACCUGAUUAGGGGGCAGUGCCAGUCUUAUGAGUUGCCUUUCAGCCAUAAAUAACUAAUGGGCAUGGAAGUAGAAGUUGAGGUCAUAUCUUGAUUAUGAUCCCGGCUGACUUCAUUUUAAGAAAAACAUUUUACUUGAUCAAUCCAAAUAUCUUUAUGGUUCUGGAUUUCCAUAUCAAAAUCUCAUGCAGAGGAAUUUUUAAAAAUGGUUAACAGAUGCCAAUUAUUUAUUUUUUUAAAGACUUGUGUAAAACACUCCUGAAGCAUAGGAGUUUUUCUGCUUAGGGUUUUUUUUUAUGGUAUUUGUUAAGUGCAGACUAUGUUCCUGGCACUCUA